UAUAAGUACAAGAAAAAGUAUCCAGAGAAUAUUGUAUUAGAUCCAGUGAGUGAUUUUGGUCAGCUGAAGCGCCAGAAAAUAAAAUUAUAGUUUAAUUAGAGAGACUGUAUAAUUUUACGAUGAAAAUUGUCGUAGUUGGUAGUUCACACGUUCGUAGAUUGGGAACUUUUAUUUAUGAUCGACCUGCAUUAUAUAAUUUCAACUUGAUGAAGUGUGAGGUAAAAUGUCUUGGGAUCGGCGGCGGAAAAGUUCAAAUUCAGAUCAUGUGCAAACUAUUUUGUCUUUCAUAGAGAAAAAUCGUCCAGAACAUGUAAUUGUUCACAUUAGUGGUAACGAUUUGGAUAUAUUAGGAGCCUCAGAAGAUACGACAGAGGAAUUGGGGUUACGGCUGAUUUUAUUAUCCCAAACAUUGACAACCCGAUUUGAGAUUAAGUCAGUAACACACAAUAUGCCAACUUCUACCAAGAGAAUCGACACGAGUCAUUGCAUCAAAUGUGUAUAAUGAUUUAGUUAUUAAGACUGACAGAUUUUUGAAAGCACAAAUAAAGGACCAACCACAUUGUCGUUACUGGAAAAUAACAGGGGUGAAAAUUCGGAUCGCAAUAACUAUGUUGAUGGUGUUCACUUUAACUAUGAUGUUGGCAUGCCAAAAUAUUUUCGAAAUAUAAGAGGGUCAAUUAUUCAAGCUAUGAAAUAAAGAAAGUUAAUAGCACAACCGUUUUAUCAGAAAUGCCAUCCAAAGAACCAAAAAGAUGUAAUCGUAAACGGAAAAGCACACAGAGGCUUGGAGAAGUUAUUGAAAACCUAGGCAGUUCAGAUUUGGGACUGGGUGUAUCUAUAGACAAUUCUGUACCAAGCUCUUCAAAUCCAAAUAUUAAUUCCGGCCAGCUGUCAGCUGAUAAUUCACCUGUACAGUCCAAUCCAAUUGAUCCAAAUACGUAUAGUGAUGACAAAAUUCUGAGAAUAUUGACGGUCGCAACUCCAAUUAUCACCCAAACAGUAGUUACAAUACCCAAAAGCACUGGUGUUAUUCAAGGCAGGAAUGUAAACUCACCAGAUCCAACUUUGAUACCAACACACCAAUGUGUUAAUUCCAUUUGUCCACCAAGGCAAGAUACCACUACAUGUAAUACAACAGAGAUGACGACAUCAUCCCAGUCCCACUCAACAAAUAUUAUUGAUAAACAAUCAUCUGAGAGCAGUCAUCCGUUCUGCUCAAAUGUGAUUAGCAGAAGCGGUCAACAGUGUUUCAUGCCAACUGAAGGAUCUCCGAGUCAACAGGUGGUGAACCAUCUUCUACAGGGCACUCCAAACACAGGUACAUGUUCAAACGAGUUAGGAGGCCAGGGUUUAUCACGCCCACUGGCUUUGGGUGUGGACCCAAAACUGAAAGCUGAUAUUUGGUCUAACAAAUACAUUAAUCUGGAGGAUUUCUUGAAAUCCGAAUCCAGAGUUGUUAGUAUGUUCCAAUAGAGAAAGAUGAUUGUUUAACAUUUGUUAAAAAUAGUAGUAGUAAGGCAAAAAUUGAGUCAAUGGCACAGUGGCAUGAAGCUUUUCGCAUUUAUGGGGCAAUUUAUUUUGAAAAAUACCCUACUGAAUCCCCGAAGCUGAUGAAAUAUGCGACUAUCAUUGCAAACUUGGCAGAAAAAGCUGGAAUUGAGGCUGCAUUUUUUUUUAUGAUCAAGCAUAUAGGUAGUGGAGGGAAGUAGACCCUUUGCACUUACCAUGGGAUGGUGUAAAUGGGG